AUGAACGGGCGCGGUAGAAGAGCACCUCAAGCACCCCGAAGGAGGCCUGUGAGGCCGGUAGAUGAGAUAGCCGAUGUUGGAAUGGCACCUCCUGUUGCACCUCCCGUAGCUGGUCCCGCUCGGCAAGAGCCAACUAUGGUAGAAGUUAUGCAAGCUUUAGGAGCUUUGGGGGAGUUGAUAGGGCAGCAGAUAAGGAAUCAAAACGCUGCUGCCCCCGCUGCUGUUGAAUCCCCACCUGUAGUUCCACCCGUAAUUCCGCCAGUAGAUGUGCCACUUGUGGCUGUAAUUGAGGAUCGUAAGGCUCAAAAGCUGGUGGAACAGUUUCUCAAGUUGAAGCCACCGCAGUUCACUGGAAGCGAAGACCCCGAGGCUGCCACCCAAUGGAUUGAAGGAUUGGGAAAAGUGUUCAAUUUGCUUAGAUGUUCGAAUGAGGAUAAGGUAAUCCUGGCCGUCUAUCAACUAGAGGGUAACGCCAUUACUUGGUGGAGAGCUGUCAAAGAUAGAACUUUCCCAAAAGGCACGAUCCCGGUGUGGGUUACCUUUGUGGAGGCUUUUAAUAACAAGUAUUUCUCGAGGACAGCUAGAGAGCAGAAGAUGAUUGAGUUCUUCCGCCUCCACGAGAAUCAGAUGAUUGUCGACCAAUAUGAAGCCAAAUUCUCGAAAUUGUCUAAGUAUGGCCCGAGAUUGAUUGAGAACCCCGAGGAUAGGGCUAGAAGGUUCGGGGAUGGGCUGAAGCCCGAGAUUAAGAGUAUACUAGCGUCGUUCAACCUUCAGGACUAUGAUGAUCUUUAUGAGAAGGCAUUGAUAGCGGAGCGGGACUUCGUUGAGAGGACUGCCACAUCUGGGUUGAGGUUUACGUCGUCAAAUAGAUUUGAGAAGAGGCAAGGGAAGAAGCCUAUGUAUGGAGGCAGACAUCACAUCCCACCCAAUCGCAGAGGAGCAAUCAAUAAACCUAUUUUGCGCCAGAGUGAGGUAUGCAAUCUGUGUCACCGGAGACAUGGACCUGGUCCGUGCUCGUAUAGGAUUGGAACCUGCUUUGGAUGUGGCCAAUUGGGCCAUCGGGUAAAGGACCGCUUGCAGAGGCAGCAAGGAAGGCAGGCGCCACAACCGAGAGGACUAUUAAGGGGAGCCGCGCCACAAAACUUCCAAAAUCAUCCACAGGCUCAAAGAAGGGUGUUUGCUGUCACCCGUGAAGAAGCGAAGGAUUCACCGACCGUCAUAGGUACGGUCCUCUUGUAUAAUCAAAUCGACUAUGCUUUGUUUGAUCUGGAUGCUACGCAUUCCUUUGUUGCUAAUAGAUUUGUUAAACUGGCUAAUUUGAGUGAUAGCGUAGUGGCUGCGGAUAGAUAUCCUAACCGUAGGCUAGUUAUAGAUGGACAUGAGGGUAGAAUAGACUUGAUUGUGCUAGAAAUGUAUGACUUUGAUGUGAUUGUUGGGAUGGAUUGGUUGAUGAAGCAAAAGGCUAUAGUGGAUUGUUAUCGUAAGGCCAUCCAGUUUAACUUGUUGGAUGGAGUGGGUUUUGAAUUUGUUGAAAGUCAAGGUGGAACCUCAACCUUGUUGAUUUCGUCGUUGGAAGCGACGCGUCUGUUGGAAAGUGGAUGCCAAGGGUAUUUGGCGACCGUAUUAGAUGUAUCGGUUGAGGAACCGAAGAUUGAGAACAUCGCAGUAGUUCGCGAGUUUCCGGAUGUCUUUCCUCGGGAACCGCCUAGUUUACAUCUGGAAAGGGCGAUAGAAUUUGUAAUAGAGUUAGCUCCUAGGACGGAGCCAAUCUCCAAAGCACCGUAUAGGAUGGCAUUAUCCGAACUUAAAGAACUGAAGCUGCAAGAAGCAUCGGUAUUCUCGAAGAUUGAUUUACGGACGGGUUACCAUCGGUUGAGGAUUAGGAAAGAGGACAUACCGAAAUCGGCAUUCGGGACGCGUUACGGACAUUAUGAGUUCAUUGUAAUGCCGUUUGGUCUGACGAAUGCUCCUGCUGCUUUUAUGGAUUUGAUGAAUAGGGUGUUCAAAGAGUUCUUGGAUCUCUUUAUGAUCGUAUUUAUGGACGACAUUACGGUGUACUCGAAGAGCCCGGAGGAGCACAAGCAACAUCCGAGGGUACAUCGCCUUUAUGCGAAGUUUAGCAAGUACGAGUUUUGGUUAGCUCGUGUGGCGUUCCUAGGCCACAUGGUUUUCGGAGAAGGAAUUGAAGUAGAUCCAUCGAAGAUCGAGGCGGUUAUAGAUUGGCCAAGACCAAAGACAGUGACGGAGAUCAGAAGCUUCUUGGGUUUGGCAGGCUAUUAUAGACGUUUCGUGGAAAGAUUUUCAGCUAUAGCCUCACCUUUAACUAAGCUAUUGAAGAAGGACAUGAAGUUUGAAUGGACAGACAAGUCUGGAUUGCAUGCUGAUGCAACAUGGAAAGGUAGUAGCGUAUGCGUCUCGACGAUUGAGACCCCACGAGUUGAACUAUUCGACGCACGACCUAGAGUUAGCUGCGGUCGUGUUCGCCUUAAAGAUUUGGAGGCACUAUCCGAUCGGGAAAAGUUUUCGUGUGUAUACCAAUCAUCAGAGUUUGAAGUAUCUACUCUCUCAGAAAGAGUUGAAUAUGAGGCAAUGCCAAUGGAUGGAGCUUCUUAA